GUGGCUGCUGGGGCGGAAGCGGCGGCGCGAUGGCGGCGGCGACAGCGGGGAGCGGCGCCGGGAGCGGCGCCGGGAGCGAGGCCGCAGGCAGCCCCGAGGCCACCGGCGGGAGCACCGGGGGCGGCGGGGGGCGGCGUCCCCACGGGCCGCUCCAGCGCUACUAUGGCCCGGCCACUGCCGAGGCGGCCGAGGCGGCCCCGGACCCCACCGACAUCAACGGGCCCCACUUCGACCCCGAGGUGUUCAUGACCAAGGUGCGCAGCGAGUGUCCCCUGGGGCAGCUCCUGGCCCGCGAGGCCGCGCUGAGCCGGGAGAUCCGCGCCCUGGACAGCGACAUGCAGACCCUGCUCUACGAGAACUACAACAAGUUCAUCUCCGCCACUGACACCAUCCGGAAGAUGAAGGUGGAUUUCCGGCACAUGGAGGCGGAGAUGGACGACCUGGCGGCCAACAUGGCGGCCAUCAGCGCCUCGAGCGCCCGCGUCAGCGCCGCGCUGCAGGACCGGCACCGCCGCGGCGCCCAGCUGGCCGGGGUGCAGGCGCUGCUGCGGAAGCUGCAGGCGCUGGUGGAGGUGCCGGGGCGGCUGCGGCGCUGGGCGGGCACGGAGCCGGCCCGCGCCCUGCGCUGCCACGCCCGCGCCCGCGCCGUGCUGCGCCACUACCGCCACCUGCCCUCCUUCCGCGCCAUCGAGGACGAGAGCCACGCCAUCAUGGCCGAGCUGGCCCAGCGCCUCCGCACACGCCUCCGGGAGGAGAAGCUGGACCCCAAGGAGCUCACCGAGUGCGUGGAGAUGCUGCUGCAGCUGGAGGAGCCGGCCGAGGAGCUGAGCGAGGAGUUCCUGAGCCAGGCGGGCGCGCGCCUCGAGGCCGAGCUGGCGGCGCUGGAGGCCGAGCUGCCCGCGGCCGACCCCUCGGGCGCGGCCACCACGCCGCCGCCGCCUGCCUCCGACAUCCUGGACUUCGUGGACCGCGGCAGCUCGGCCUUCGUGGGCACACUGUGCCAGCUGGCCGGCUCGUACCGCGCGCUGUUCGGCGGGGACGCGGGGCGCCUGGAGCCCUUCGCCGCCGCGCUGGCCGCCCGCUACUUCACGCUGCUGGAGCGGGACGCUGCUGCUGCGCUGGUGGCCCGGGCCGCCCGCGAGCGCGUCGACCGCUACCUGCGCGCCCUGCAGACCUUCUUCCUGGGCUGCCUGGGUGACGUGCGCCAGGCGCUGGCCGCCCCGCGGCCGCCCGGCAAAGAGGGGCCCGGCCUGCCCGACCUGCUGGCCACGCUGGCCGCCUCCGUGCUGGGCCAGCUCAAGGCCGUGCUGGCCUACGUGCAGCUCUUCACCGCCAGGGACGUCGCCUUCGCCAGCCUGCCCUACUUCAAGGGGGAGUUCUGUGUGACAGCAGUGCGUGAGGGACUGGUGGUGGCCUUUGUGCGCUGGCUGUGCCGCACGGCCCGUGGCUUCGCUGAUGGCCCAGCUGAGCGGGGAGCUCCCGCUGCCCCCCCGGCCCUGCUGCUGCUCCUCGCCCGUCUCUGCCUGGACUACGAGAACUCCACCAUCAGCUACAUCCUCACCCUCACUGAUGAGCAGUUCCCGCCCCAGGACUCGGGGCCGGCGGUGACGCCGGGGCCAGCGCUGUGCGCGGAGGCGCGGGCGGCGGCGCAGCGGCUGCUGGACCACUACGUGCAGGUGCAGGGCGCGGCCGUGGCGCAGAUGCUGCGCAAGAGCGUCGAGACGCGCGACUGGCUGGGCACCGUCGAGCCGCGCAACGUGCGCGCCGUCAUGAAGCGCGUGGUGGAGGACAUCACCGCCAUCGACGUCCAGGUGGGGCAGCUCUUCGAGGAGGGGGUGAGGCGGGCGCAGAGCAGCGAUUCCAGCCGGCGCGCCUUCUCCGUCUACAGCAGCUCGCGGGCACCCGGCCGCUAUGCCCCCAGCUACACCCCCAGUGCCCCCAUGGACACUCACCUGCUCAGCAACAUCCAGAAGCUUUUCUCUGAGCGCAUUGACAUCUUCAGCCCUGUUGAGUUCAACAAGGUGUCGGUGCUGACGGGCAUCAUCAAGAUCAGCCUGAAGACGCUGCUGGAGUGCGUGCGGCUGCGCACGCUGGGGCGCUUCGGGCUGCAGCAGGUGCAGGUGGACGGGCACUACCUGCAGCUCUACCUGUGGCGCUUCGCCUCCGACGAGCGCGUGGUGCAGGGGCUGCUGGACGAGGUGGCCGCCAGCGCCGCCCACCGCUGCCUCGACCCCGUCCCCAUGGAGCACAGCGUGGUCGAGCUCAUCUGCGAGCGUGGGUAGGGACAGGGACAGGGACGUGCCACACCUGGGGCCUGUUACAUCUCUGGGGACAGACCUGGGCCCUGGGAGUCCCCGCACAUACAUGAGGGGGCUCUGUGUGUCCUUCCCAACAUGAGGACACCUUGUCCCCAUAUGGGGUUACACCAUGUUGUUCAAACACCUCCUUGCCCAUUGCCUUCCCAGCCCAGUGACACAGUGUCAUCCCCCCACCCUGGUGACAUCCCCUCGUGCCUGGUGACAGCCCCGUUGUCACUAAUAAAUUAUGUGUGAGUUGCA